AGAGGACAAAUAUGAACUGCCUCCCUGUGAGACUGCUCUGCCCCGCAGUCUGGCCCCUGUGCACCUCCCCGGCAUGGAGGAGGACUCUGAGUACCUGGAUCACUCUGGCCGGGUGGGCCCACUGCCAGCCCGACCUCAGCCCAUCAAGGGGAGAGGCCUUCUCUGCAGCCCCUCCUUCCCUAGCCGCCCCGCCGUGGGCUGCCCUUUCCCACUGAAGGUAGCAAUGAACCUGCGUGCAGCCAUGAAACAGGGCUCCGUCUCUGGGAGGCAAGAGCGGGAUGCAUUGUCCAGAGUGGUGCAGGGCCCUGCAAGGAACCCUGAUGAGAACAUCUACCUGGAGUGCGAGCCAGACACAGGACUCCCAGGAAGCCCAGGCCCUGCAGCUGUCUUCAGUCCUGCCCUGUCCCGCAUGGAUGUCCCCAACCGGUGUGGCCAAGCCCCACCUGCCCUCUCUGUUUCAGUCCCUGCUUUGACUUGGACUCUGAGCUCCCAAGUUCUGAUACCUCCAGUCCCCCUGCCAAGGACAUCUGUGGUGCCCAGGCCUACCGUAGUCCCCACCCCCAUGGAAGCUUGGAAUGGAGCAACAGAUGCCACCUCUAAAGCUGGGAGGAGACAGUCUCUUCUCUCCAGAGCUCCCACUUCGAACACCUCAGCUGCAGAGGAUAGAGGCCUUCUGGAUCAACCGUGGUAUUCGGGGAACUGUGACCGGCAUGCUGUUGAGACAGCCCUACUCCGCUUCCAAAAGGAUGGGGCCUACACAGUGAGGCCCAGCUCAGGGCCUCACAGCUCCCAGCCCUUCACUCUGGCCGUGCUCCUGCGAGGCCGGGUCUUCAACAUCCCCAUCAGGCAGCUGGAUGGUGGACGCCACUAUGCUCUGGGCCGGGAGGGCCGGCACCACGAGGAGCUCUUCUCCUCCGUGGCUGCCAUGAUCCAGCACCAUGCGAAGCACCCUUUGCCCCUGGUGGACAGACAUGGUGGCAGCAGAGGACUCACCUGUCUGCUCUUCCCCACCAAGCCCUGAGGGUCACAUCAAUGACACUGCUACUAUUCUGCUCCCCGGAGGUCAGCCACCAGGAAAGACUGGUCAGGGAGGAGAAGAUCCUGGGACCCCCACAAGCUCACACUGAGUCUGACAGCGCCCCUCGAGGCUCCAUCUCCAAGGCUGAGGACCCCAGAAAAGGCAGCACCUGCCUUUUUACUAGGGUCUGUCCAGCUGCCUUGGAUGAAGAAGGUGGUUGUCUGGAAAAGCUGGCCUGCCCAGGGAAGCUGUGCCUCAGGGGAUGCCACAACCACUGUGGCAGCAAAGGGAAUUCCUUACCUUCU